UAUAUUCAAUUUUUCGUCAGUUGUUUAAAGUGCUCCCUCAUCAGUUAUUUGAAGUCGCUUUACUCUCACAGCGACAAUAGAUGUUUAUUUUGAUGUGUUCACUCAAUUGAAGGGUAAAUAAAAGAAACGUUAGCAGUGGCACUUCGAGCCGUAGCGCGGUGGUGCCAUGAAAAUGGCAGGUUUCAAAAUGAAAUCCAUCGCUCUCAAGUGGUAUUUCUUCAGCUCAAGUAGUUUCACGGUUUAUAGUGAAUUUUGCAAUAUAUUUAUGAAACAACUCGGGCUGAGCUCAAAGCAAAUUGGGGUAACUAAUAUAUUGGGCGUUCAGCAUGUGUUUAUACCACUUGUUCUCUACUUGGGCGACAAAUAUAGAGCGAGAAGUUUGGUAAUGUGGAUCGUCUCAGCCCUUUCUGUUCUUGCUUGCCUUCUGUUGCUGUUGCCACUCGUGGUGCCGCUGCCAACAUGUUUUCCAACAAAGCCAGGAGCCGAUGAAUCAGAGUAUUCCGUACCUUGGACUAGUACUCUACUUUUGGUAAUGACUUUAUCAAGAUCAAUAAUCACAUUUCUCGAAGGCGUGGCGUUUCCAUUGGCCAGUCUUGCUACAAUAACCUACCUGGAUAAUGAGCGGACGAGAUACGGCGCGUAUUACAUGUGGAAACAUUUUGGAACAAGUUCCUUUAUUGGAAUUUCCGCCAUACUUGCCUGGUCAAUAAAAAUAACAAUAUGUGGUCGAGAAGGAUAUGGAUUUCAUAUCAGUUUUAUUGUGGCAGCAGUUUUCAUAACAUUAUCAAUGUUAUCGAUUCCUUUUUUUGAAUUUAAAUACGAAUCUGAUCGCACUAUUGACUGGACAGAAGUCAAGUUGGUUGUUUUUAACAGUCACUAUAUAUUCAUGUUUUUCAUGAUAUUUUAUCUUGGUGCUUGUGUCGCAUUUCAAAUAUUCUGGGAAUUUUGGUAUUUAGAUGGACUGCAGGCCAGUCCAUUAAUUAUGGGAGGAGCUGCUUUGGUUCGGAGGCCAUUUUUAGCUGUUUUUAUAUAUAUAUCAUGCUACGUGAUUAAAGCAAUUGGUGAACUUAGUACAAUAGUUAUUUCGUUUCUUCUUUUUGGAGUGGCAUUCUUAGCUCUGUCUCUUUCUCGGAUAUAUUGGUAUGUUCUUGCAAUAGACAUGCUUCACAGCGCUGGAUAUGGUUUGGCGUAUAGUUCGUUCACAAUUCAUCUCUCCAAAGCUGGAUCUAAAGCAAGUUCUGGUGUCAUUCUUGGAUUGUUAGAGAUGUUCUUCAUGUUUGGCUGCGACUUUGGUGCGACGUUGCUUGGCGUACUUUUUCAUGCGAUUGGAACGCGAUACACGUUACUUCUGUAUGCCGCAAUGACUUCUUUCGUGCUCCUGAUAUUUCUGUUGUACAUCAAGCUUUCAGAAAAGGUAAAUGAAUUUGAGCGAUUGCCUGCUGAUAAAGAUGAGACAGAAGAUCAAUGUGAAAUUGGGAAUGCAGGUGGUGAUGAUAAUGGGGAUGGCAUCGAGGAAAAGCAAGACAAGGAAUCCUGAGUUUGAUCAGGUGUAUGAGUAUUGUAAGAUGCGGUUCUUGAAAACGGCGUUAAAGAUUUAGUGACAGCCGUGGAUUGAAAUAAGAACAACACAAACUGUUGAAAAAAAUAUAAAUGAUUAAUUUGCUUAUUAUAUUCACGAAAGGCAAUGUAAUUCUACUUUUAAGAGAUGUAAAUUAGUGAGGAGUCUGUUAGACUCAAAAUGUUAAAAUCAAAAUAUUAGUGUAAAAAACAAAAAAGUUCGGUAGUUCAAAUUUUCCAUCUCGAAAAAGAAUUGAAUUGGAAGUUGCAAAAAAUAUUGCACCGUAUGACAGGGCCUUAAUAUCUCUUUAAAAUGAAAUGUUGGCCCGGGUCUUUGCCACUACUAGUACGGCCAGAGACAUCUAGAACAAAAAAUUUCAAAUGUUGUUAGGGACAUAUGUAUAUGAUUAUUUUUCAGUAAUUUAUGUGGGCACGUAGCAUCGUUAUACAUAUAUAGGACCUCAGUCAUAAGGAUGGCAACAUUGCGACAAUGUCACGCGAGAAUUCCUUUAAAUAAAUGCUACGUUUAAGAAUUGUUGUAAAUUAUAUCAAUCAAAUGAGGUUUAACACCAUAAGACUUUGAAAACAAUGGGUCAGUUAGUUUGGGAAUUUUAUGGAGCAGUAAUUAACGUGGAGCCAUAUGAU